CCGCGCAGGAGAGCGGCGGCGCGCGGCGCGAGGGAAAUAGUGCGCAGCGGAGUGAUCCCGCCGCGGGGGGCGGAGCGCCGGAAGCCAUAUAAAAACCGAGCUGAGGGGAGGAUGCGUGGCGCAGUUGGCGCUGGGGAAAAAUGCAGAUCUUCGUCAAAACCCUGACUGGCAAGACCAUCACCCUUGAGGUUGAGCCCAGUGACACCAUCGAAAAUGUCAAGGCCAAGAUCCAGGACAAGGAAGGCAUCCCUCCAGAUCAGCAGAGGCUGAUUUUCGCUGGCAAGCAGCUGGAAGAUGGGCGUACCCUGUCUGACUACAACAUCCAGAAGGAAUCUACUCUGCAUCUCGUGCUGCGCCUCAGAGGUGGGAUGCAGAUCUUUGUCAAGACCCUGACUGGCAAGACCAUCACUCUGGAAGUCGAGCCCAGUGACACCAUUGAGAACGUGAAGGCCAAGAUCCAGGACAAGGAAGGCAUCCCUCCGGACCAGCAGAGGCUGAUUUUCGCUGGCAAGCAGCUGGAAGACGGCCGCACCCUGUCUGACUACAACAUCCAGAAAGAAUCUACUCUGCAUCUCGUGCUGCGCCUCAGAGGUGGGAUGCAGAUCUUUGUCAAGACCCUGACUGGCAAGACCAUCACCCUUGAGGUUGAGCCCAGUGACACCAUUGAGAACGUGAAGGCCAAGAUCCAAGACAAGGAAGGCAUCCCUCCUGACCAGCAGAGGUUGAUCUUUGCUGGCAAGCAGCUGGAAGAUGGGCGUACCCUCUCUGACUACAACAUCCAGAAGGAAUCUACUCUGCACCUUGUCCUGCGUCUGCGGGGUGGUAACUAAACCAGCACGUUGCUGCUUCCAAAUAAAAGGUUCCCUGCACUUGUUCAUUCCAAUAAAGCUCUUGCAUCUGUAAAA